UUGUGUUAUUACUGUCACUAAAGUUGGGAUAUUUACUUGGGAUGUUGACGAAGUUCUUCAUUAGCAGUUAGUUAUUCUCAUACUUUAGGGGGAUUGAUGAUGCAGGAUUAUGGAUAUGGCGGCUAUGCAAUGCAUUAAGCAAAUGAGGAAUGUUGUUUCUAUGAGGCAGACAGUUGGAAUGGUUUGGUGCAGAAUGUUUUCAGCUGGAGGUAGCAAAAAGAAAGGCGGGAAAGGUGCUGCGUCUGCUGAUGCUCCAAAAGUAUCUAUAUUAAGCAAAGAAGUGAAGUCAAGCACUGCUGUGGGUUGUAAUACUCUCAAGGAAGGAUCAGACCCGAAAUUCAUGGCUGAUACGGAAUACCCUGAUUGGUUGUGGAUCUCGCUUGACAAACGAACUGCGUUAAGUGAACUGAAGAGGAUGAAAGCGGAAGAUCUUCCUUUUGAAGACCUUAAACGCUUUGCUAAGCUGGAUAACCGAGCCAGGAUUAAGGAGAAUAAUUCUGCAAAGGCUAAGAACUAAGCUGAAUGAUGUUUUGUUGGCUUGCAGCAUUCUUUGUGAGUUUUGAUCUCUUUUUUCCUUGAUAGGGUUUAUUAUCUAAAGGAGACUGAAACAAGGUUGUUUUGAUAUUUUCUACUUGAGUUAUCACUACAAACCUUUAAUUCAAAAAAAUAUAUCAAAACAUUCCUUGAAUCUUCAUUGAUUCUUCCUGGAAAUACACUGAUUGAAAUCAAACCACAUCUGAGAAGAAUUUAAACCUAA